AGUAUAUAUGAAAAUAUACGUAUUGUGAACUAGAUGAAGUUAUUUUUCUUUUUUACCAUAGUUAUUUUUUUAUUUUUUACUUAUGAUAAUUAUAGUUAAUCAAAACAUAUAGCGAACAUAUUACAUGUUUGAAUCCAAACAUUUCUAAUUCACAACCUUUCUCAGCUGGGCGCGCAUAUUUUUUUAAAUUUUGAAAAAAAAUUAAGAAAAAGCAAUAGUGAUGUCAAUAUAUUUCAGUUUUUCAGAUUUUUUUUUUAAAAAACUCUGUUUCAGAAAAUAAAAAGUCAAGCCAUGAGAAUGCCAAACGGAGCCUGAGUAACGUUGGAUACGACUAAAAAAAUAUUUUAAGGCAGCAUAAAAAGCGCAAGCGGAGCAAAGGAUGGUCCCAAAGGAGGGUCCCAAAAGAGGGCGAGAGGCCCGGCACACCCGGAGUCGUAGACCAGCCAGGUCCAGACCGGUCGCAAGAAGACAGCUCCGUGGACGGUAUCCGGCUAAACCUACGCCGUCGAAUCCAUCUCACGGGAUCAAAUCAAGAAAAUCUCCGCCAUCGAAACAACAACCCACAAAUCCCUAGCAGCGCUUUUCUCCCCGCCCUCUCCCUUUCUUCCCGUGUCACCGGGUGUCUCGAAAGAGAGAAGCGAUGGAAGGGAGCGCGGGCUUCCUCUACGAAACCCUCGACCCCUUCUUCUCCGCCGACCCCGACCCCGCCGAUACCACCGAGUCCUACGCCGUCUUCCGCAACCAGAUCACCUCGCCGGCGGACUCCUUCGCCGACUUCCCCGCCACCGACUACUUUUCCCUCGACGUCGCCGCCGAUGGCCCGUGCCGGAAAGAGUCCCCGGCGCCGCAGCGGACGCCCGGUUCCCACGCCCCGGAGGGCAACCGGGCUUUGGAGCAGGCCUGGUUCCGCGCCGGCAGUCGUUUCAAGAGCCCCAUGCUUCAGCUCCACAAAGAGAUACUCGAUUUUUGUGAUUUUGUCUCACCAACUCCUGAAGAACGAGCCUCACGUGCUGCUGCUGUACAAUGUGUUUUUGAGAUUAUCAAACACAUCUGGCCGCACAGCAAAGUGGAAGUUUUUGGAUCAUUUAGGACAGGCCUAUAUCUACCAACAAGUGAUAUCGAUGUUGUGAUUUUGGAGUCAAAGGUGAAGACUCCACAAAUGGGUCUUUAUGCUCUUGCUAGAGCACUAUCCCAGAGAAGUAUUGUUAAAAAAAUGCAGGUUAUAGCUAAGGCUCGUGUGCCCAUUGUGAAGUUUGUGGAAAAGCGAAGUGGGAUAUAUUUUGACAUCAGUUUUGAUGUCGAUGGUGGACCUAAAGCCGCUGAUUUUAUCAAGGAUGCUUUGAAGAAGAUGCCUCCUUUACGGCCCUUGUGUUUGAUUCUGAAGGUUUUUCUACAGCAAAGAGAACUGAAUGAGGUGUAUUCAGGAGGUAUUGGUUCUUAUGCACUUCUUGCAAUGCUGAUAGCACAUUUACAGAUGCAAUGGAGAGGACAAGACAUGCAGAAACCUAUGGAACAUAACUUGGGAGUUCUUUUGGUGAACUUCUUUGAUUUUUAUGGCCGCAAAUUAAACAUUUGGGAUGUUGGUGUUUCUUGCAAUUCAGCAGGCACAUUUUUCUUGAAGAGUGAUAAACGAUUUAUGAACACAGAACGACCAUAUCUUCUAUCCAUCGAGGAUCCCCAGGCUCCAGACAAUGAUAUUGGGAGGAACUCUUAUAACUACUUUAAGGUGAGGUCAGCCUUUGCGAUGGCUUACUCUUUACUGACAGAUGCAAAUGCCAUCAUAGGCUUGGGCCCAUAUAGGAGCAUUUUAGGGACCAUAAUUAGACCCGACCCGAUGCUUCUGGACCGGAAAGGUGGAAAUAAAGGAGAACUUACUUUUAGUGACUUGCUUCCAGGGGCAGGUGAAUCAUUGACCCAGCAAUUUGAGAAUGGGGGUGAUACAAUAUAUAACUGGCAGUUGGUGGAUGAUGAACCACUGCCAAGGGGGAAAGUGCUUGCUGAAGAUGAUGGUAUAUCUUCUUGUAGGAAGAGGCGGGCCUCAAAAACAAAACAAAGAUUCAGCAAAACUGAAAAGUUGGGAAUUUUUGAGGGUAUGCAAGAAGAAAAUGGUGUUAGGAGGGAAAGGGGUGUGAGGAAGCGGUGGAAAGGAUCUCGAGAUAAGGAUGAAUCUACCAAAAGCCACCAUGGUAAAGUCAUAUAUUGAGCUACUGAUAAGACUUGGUUGUGAAAGUGAUAAUAUGGAUGACAAAGUCAGACAAUACCAGGUGAUGUUUGCUUGUGCUAUACCGCUCGAAGAGCCAUCUGUUGGUGCUGCUUGUGGGAAGUGGCAUCGACAUUUUGUAGCAUGGUUUUUUUGGCCAUCACCAUGUAGCUUCAUGGAUCAAGUUUUGUUGUUUUAUCAAAUUGUUUUAUUUUCGUUUAUUUGUAAAAACGGACAAGCAUUUAAAAUGAUACUUUGUCACAACGAGAAACA